UGCCCUCCCUCCUUCCGCCAUCAUUCAUUAUUAUCCUCCUUCUUCCCGCUAGCCCCACGGGUCGCCAUGUUGCCAUAACCUGCUCCAGACUUUUACCCGUUUCCGCCGUUUAGUUUUUAACCCCACGGGUAACGUUUACUGAGGGGAGGCAGAUCAGUGUGUCGGUGCCCCCUCCUUCCUCCUCUCCCUAUCCGCCAGACAGAGACGGACAUGCUCCACCGUGGGUGCUCGCGCUUCCCGCCUCCUCUCCCCUCCGGGAGUCGAGGGGUCAUCAAAUGAGACCAUAAAGGGUUACAUCUCCUCUACAGACAGCAACGUGACCCCGUGGUUAGUGUGGCUUAACUCUCCUUCAGACUGACCAGACUGCAGAACUCCAACCGUGUUCCCACCGUGUGGUCAUGUCCGGUCUGACCAGGUCCAGCGGUCACAACCUCUCCUCAACCUCAACCACACACGGUCACCACCACCACCACGGUCAGAGCGGUGAGGUCACCAUGGACGGUUGUGGUCUUACUCCGGUCCUGGGCUACACGGCUGAGAUGGAGCGCUACCGAUCCUUCGCUAACUUCUACACUAAAACCAAUGCGAAUAUGAACGCCGUUAACAGCAUGAACUUCCCUCAGUCGACCAAGCUCGCCCACAUCACCGCUCCUAUAUUCCCCGGUGGCAGGCUCGGGAUGACGCCAUGGGGUUGUCAUGACAACAUAAACAUGAAUAUGAACGUCAACGCGGCGGCGAUGCUUUGGGGGCGGAAACCUCCCGUGCAUCAGGCCACGCCCCUAGCGCCGCCCACAACACACCUGUCGCCCUCGACAACGCACAUGCAGCCCUACCGGACCAGCGGCGGAGAGGGGAAACAGCACGCCUCCUCCCAUGGACAGGAAACUCAUAAUCACCACGGGAAUACACAUUUCCAGUCCUGCUAUUCCGCCGCCAAUCACAUGACCAAACAAGGCCACGCCCACCAGGACAUGCUCAGCCUAUCGAAUCGCAGCAGCAGUGGCAACGGAGGCGGAGUUAACGGGGUCAACGUGUCCAACUUCCCCGCCGGAAUGUUGGGGUUACCGCCCGGGGUCAUCGUCAUGGCGAUGGGGUCGCACAAUAACAUUUCGGACUCCUCCCACUUCCAGAUGGCGACCAAUCAUAACCAACUGUUAUCGGACGGCCACCAUGCCAACCAGACUAACUCCUCCCCUUGCCCCUCGACCUCCCCGGGGAUGACCUCUGGGGGUCAGGGGUCAGGAGCAUCCAAGAGGAAGAGGAAGCGGUGUGGGGUGUGUGCCCCCUGCAGAAGGCUGAUUAACUGUGGGGUGUGUUCAGCCUGUAGGAACAGGAAGACAGGUCAUCAGAUCUGUAAGUUCAGGAAGUGUGACGAGCUGAAGAAGAAGGCUGGGAGUACACAACUAGAGAGACCUCCCUCGGUGCCCUGUGGAGAAGCUUUCGGAUGGAUCUACUAGAUGUCAGACCACAACAGAAUCUCAACAAGACCACAUUAGCCCUUCUUCUCUUCUUCUCCUCUUCACAGACAGAGACAGGGCACUUAAACCUCCAAAUCCGUACCUAGCUUGGAGACAUUACAGUCAGUGCCAGUGAUCCAAACACGGUUUAAGAGUGUGGUCCAACCACGGUUUAAGAGUGUGAUCCAACCACGGUUUAAGAGUGUGGUCCAACCACGGUUUAAGAGUGUGAUCCAACCACGGUUUAAGAGUGUGGUCCAACCACGGUUUAAGAGUGUGGUCCAACCACGGUUUAAGAGUGUGGUCCAACCACGGUUUAAGAGUGUGUUCCAACCACGGUUUAAGAGUGUGGUCCAACCACGGUUUAAGAGUGUGAUCCAACCACGGUUUAAGAGUGUGGUCCAACCACGGUUUAAGAGUGUGGUCCAACCACGGUUUAAGAGUGUGGUCCAACCACGGUUUAAGAGUGUGGUCCAACCACGGUUUAAGAGUGUGGUCCAACCAUGGUUUAAGAGUGUGGUCCAAACACGGUUUACAGUGCAUUUGGAAAGUAUUCAGACCCCUUGACUUUUUCCACAUUUUGUUACAUUACAGC